AUGACUACCCAUAUAACUAUAAAUAAUGACUUCGAUUUUGAUGGUAUAUUUACCAACUGUAUUCAGGAUUAUGAUGAGCAUGCACUAAAUAGGGAAAAACUUAAGCAACCUGAACUUCUUAAUACAUGUAAGCGUAUUCGAGAACAUUUGGGUAACUGCAAAGUAGGGAUAUUUUUACAAUAUUGUAAAGAACUUAUAUUAUAUUUGGAUCAUAUACAAGAUAUAAAAGGCAUCUCAGAUAUAAAUCCAAGUUGUAUAUUUUUUAACUAUAUGCUAAAAUAUUUACUAAAAACUAGUGAAUGCUCUAUACAAGAAACUGACACAGCUUACAAAAAAAUGAUUAAUGAAACCAAAGAAGGUACUAAUAAGAAGGUUUCUGAUGUAUGCGAGAGCGGUUUUACAAAUUUGGAAGACGAUAUAUAUUCCUUAUUGGACAAACUAAAAAAUCUAUAUAUAAAUUCAUUAGGGGUUAACGUAUGCUCUAAGGAGAGUUUUUGUUUUACGACAUACAAGGAACUAUUAGGAAUAUCUGAACGUUUAAAUAACGACAGUCUUCGUACAUUCCUAGACAAUUUUAAAUUUAAAUAUAUGACAUAUUUGCCUGAAGUACAAGAAAGACUAAAACUAAUGGUACAUUCGACAAAUCUACGCACCAUACUUUUAGCUUUAUUCAUUAUAACUUUUACAACAUUAAUUGUUACAUUUGUUGUAUACCAGGUUAAAUUUAAAAUUUACUUCUAUAAUUAUACUUCGUAUGUUUCAUAUUUGCAAAAAAAAGUAAUGAACAUAAAGAAAAGAUUGAACAAAAAAAAUAAAGAUCAUUUUAACACAACUGUUUCAUCUCAAUUCAUAAAAAAUGAUUCGCUUCAAAACAAAUAUCAAAUAGGAUGCUCUUCCUUACUCUACCCAUGA